ACGCACCCAGCCGCGAUGCGCUAGAACACCGGCCCCGCCCCGAAGCGGGCGAGUGUGGCCACGCCCCUUAGUUGGAGGCCUAGUCACGCCCCUAAAGGAAGCUCCACCCCAUACCCGUGGCCACUAAAAAACCGCGGGAAGCAGGAAAGAGCACAACAGGUUUCUCUCUAUUUCCGGUGUAUUGUAUCCUCACGUUUCCGGAGAUCGGCGUCCCUCUUGUGUUCUCGCGAGAGGCGGGAAAGGGCGCAGGGUUUGAAACAUGGCGGACGACGUAGACCAGCAACAAACUACCAACACUGUAGAGGAGCCCCUGGAUCUUAUCAGGCUCAGCUUAGAUGAGCGAAUUUAUGUGAAAAUGAGAAAUGACCGAGAACUUCGAGGCAGAUUACAUGCUUAUGAUCAACAUUUAAAUAUGAUCUUGGGAGAUGUGGAAGAAACUGUGACUACUAUAGAAAUUGAUGAAGAAACAUAUGAAGAGAUAUAUAAAUCAACGAAACGGAAUAUUCCAAUGCUCUUUGUCCGGGGAGAUGGCGUUGUCCUGGUUGCCCCUCCACUGAGAGUUGGCUGAAACAAAUAAUUUGUCCUGUAUGGAAAACGGGAGACUUUGUACAGUGGCCUCUCUAAAAGUACAAAACAUUCACAAGAGAAACCUGCAUACAUUUUGAUAUUAAGAAAUAAUUCUGGGGAUUCUUCCACUCCUGAAAUAAGUUGAUUUGCAGAUAACUCACAACUUCUUAAGCUAAAUGGUAUUUUCAUUUUUCUCAAGCUCUUCCAAUAAAUAUGACCACCAAGAUGCAGAACUCUUU